AUGGAAAGAAGUCAAAUAAGAAAAAAGAAAGGUAGUGAUGUUGUGCCUUUUCGAUUAGUCACAUAUACACCGUCAAUAGAAACCCAACUUCUUGUAACCUCCCGUAAAGAGUUCAGAAUUCGAGUCCCCACUUCUCCAGUUCACUCAGCCCGUCCCCACAUUGAAAAUUCUUCAUAUUCAUCAAACUUAUCAGGAAAAAUCAGCCCAACUAAUGAACUUCUAGUGGACUUUAAAUCCAAUAUAAGUGACCAAGGCAAAGUUUUAAGUCCCACAUUUGAUGAAAAUAUCAACCGUUUGCAAGGUCUUCAUUGGAUGCGAUCUUUAAACUCAAGGCUUUCUUUGCCUUCUGCAUCAAGCCAGAAGUCAGUUUCAAUCACAAAAAUCCUACAAGACCAGCUUCGAGGAGAUUCAGUCGUCCCUAAGUCUAAUAUUCAUUCCCUUUUGCUUCCUCAAAAUACAGAGAAAAAAGCUCAGAACAAUAAUAAAAAUGUUUCCAAAGUGAGUAAUGAGUCACCCAAAGAGAAAAAGAGGAAAGAAACGACCUUGGUCCAUUGAAGUCUGAAGGCUACAAUGGGAUCUAAACCAAACUCAAGUGAAGGUAGCACACUGGUAGUGAUAAACCGAAAAAUUUAUAUUUUUGGGGCAAGGCUGAAUCGGACUGAUUUAAAUGAGCUAGAUAUGAUUACAGGGGUAUGAAGAAGGGUAAAUUCUAAUUAUACACCUAAUGGAAGGCUGGGGUGCUCACUAGUUGUAUAUAAGAGGAAAAUGAUUUCUUUUGGAGGAUAUACUGGGCACAGUCAAAACUUAGGUAUAAGAAGAUGCUCAAGUAAAAUUUAUGUGCUCAGUAUGGAUACUAUGAAUUGGCAACGAUAUCAUGGAGGUGGAUCUUCCCCAAGCCCAAGGAGGAAUCAUUCCUGCACAAUAUUAGGGAAAUGCAUGCUGGUAUAUGGAGGAGUUGACCAAUAUUCGCAUCCAUUAGCAGAUCUUUAUCUAUUUGACAUAAAGAAUAAAGAAUGGUCCUUACCCGACGUUAAAGUCCAUGGAGACCCAGGCCCAAGAUCUCAUUGUACUUUUACGGCCGUUUUCAAUGAGACUUUGAAAUCGAAUUUUGAUAUUUUACUGUUCAACGUCCCAAAGCUUAAGCAAGAGCUCAAUAUCUUAAACAGCGGAUUUUAUCUAUUCGGAGGCCUCGAUAUGGAUGGGCACGCCAUAAAUGCUUUGCAUGGACUAUAUGUCCGUGAAGGCCAACUAGUAUGAAGCGAAGUUGAAUAUUUUGGAAAACCGCCAUCUCCUCGAUAUAGCCACUCAGCCUGCUCUAUGAGUGAAAAAUUAUUUAUAUAUGGAGGAAGAAAUGACCAGCUAUUUAAAGAGACUGGAGAUUCCUGCCUAGGAGAUUUAUAUAUCUUUAACGUGGAGCACCUAUUAUGGGAAAAUGUUCAGGUUCAUGGGAAUAUUCCUGAAGCCAGAUGAAGUCAUUGUAUGUGUACUUACGGGACAAGAAUUUUGGUAUUUGGCGGUAUGACACAUAAGAAAUUUAUGAAUGCCGAUUUAUAUAGUUUAGAGACAAAUAGUGACUAUGUAGAAGAGCUGAUUAAGUAUGACAAAGAAAAAUAUGUUCCUCCUUCUGUUGAAACUUAUGCCUCGAUUGGAAGAGGGUUUAAGUCAUUUUUACAAAAGUUUAUGGACCAGAAGACGGAGAAGCCAAAAGAAGAAAAUGAAUAG